AUGGCGGCAGCCGAGCCCAAGCCCCCCGCGAGGACGGACGCGGCCAGGCGUCUGGCCCGGGGCUGCUGGUCGGCGUUCUGGGACUACGAGACGCCCAAGGUGAUCGUGGUCAAGAACCGGCGCCUGGGCGUCGUGUAUCGCGCGGUGCAGCUGCUCAUCCUGCUCUACUUCGUGUGGUACGUGUUCAUCGUGCAGAAGAGUUACCAGGACAGCGAGACAGGCCCCGAGAGCUCCGUCAUCACCAAGGUCAAGGGCAUCACCUUCUCCGAACACAAAGUGUGGGACGUGGAGGAGUACGUGAAGCCCCCCGAGGGAGGCAGCGUGUUCAGCAUCAUCACCAGGAUUGAGGUCACACCCUCCCAGACCCUCGGAACCUGCCCAGAGAGUAUGAGGGUCAGCAACGCCACCUGUGACUCAGACGAGGACUGCGUGGCCGGGCAGCUGGACAUGCUGGGAAACGGCCUGCGGACCGGGCGCUGCGUGCCCUACUACCAAGGCUCCGCCAAGACCUGCGAGGUGUCGGGCUGGUGCCCGGUGGAAGACGGGGCCUCUGUCAGCCAAUUUCUCGGCAAGAUGGCCCCAAAUUUCACCAUCCUCAUCAAGAACAGCAUCCACUACCCUAAAUUCCAGUUCUCCAAGGGCAACAUAGAGCACCGGAAGGACGGCUACCUGAAACGCUGUACGUUUGACGAGGUCUCUGACCUCUACUGUCCCAUUUUCAAGCUGGGCUUCAUUGUGGAACAGGCAGGGGAGAACUUCACAGAGCUGGCACAUACGGGUGGCGUCAUUGGGGUCAUUAUCAACUGGGACUGUGACCUGGACCUGUCAGCAUCAAAGUGCAAUCCCAAGUACUCCUUCCGGAGGCUUGACCCCAAGCAUGUCCCAGCCUCAUCUGGUUACAACUUCAGGUUUGCCAAAUACUACAAGAUAAACGGCAGCGCCACCCGCACACUCAUCAAGGCCUAUGGGAUCCGCAUUGAUGUCAUCGUGCAUGGACAGGCAGGGAAGUUCAGCCUGAUUCCCACCAUCAUUAAUCUGGCCACAGCACUGACCUCCAUCGGGGUGGGCUCCUUCCUGUGUGACUGGAUCUUGCUGACGUUUAUGAACAAACACAAGGUGUACAGCCGUAAGAAAUUCGACAAGAUGGUGGCCCCUCCAGAGCAGACUGCAGAACCAGAGCUGUCCACCUCUGAACCUUCCCGGCAGGACUCCACAUUCACAGACCCCCGAGGUUUGGCCCAGCUCUGA